UCGCUUUAAGUUCGUGAUCUGAUUCAGUAAAGUUCCUCUUUUGCUGUCGAGGACACUUGUUCUUUAUCGCAGGACAUUCCUGGAGUGUUUUCGCGCACUUCUGAGGGAAACAUCGAUGUUCUCUUGAGUUUCUUCAGUGUUUGGUGUCGAUAUUGUUGGUCUUUUUAUAAUAGAGGACCAGUCGUGUAUGCGCCCGAAGCGAAUUCGCGCAGAACCGCGAUUUAGGAACUCGGAGUGAACGAACCGAAUUCAUUGACAAUGCAACAUUGUUUCAACAUUUUCAGCGCUAUGUUAUGAUGUUUUUUCUGUUCUUUUAUGGCCAUUUAACUGCUUUUACCUACAAAUCAAUGUUGUACAAUAAGAUCUAUAUGGAUGUAGAAAGAAGACCUUAUAUUUUAAGAAGACAUUUCUGGUUUAAUGGGUCCAAUCAUCGGGAUGUCACCGGACAAGAAAGCUGAAUCCCCAAGCGUGCUGGAUGAGCGGGCCGGCCUGCGCGGGGUUUGUGGGACGCUGCCCGAAGCCGAAUGUGCUGCCAGCCCGCUGGCCACCAGCUUGGACCGCACGUCCAGCGCAGGAGACGAAGAACUUACCAACCUCAACUGGCUCCAUGAGAACCUCCUCCAGAACUUCACUCUGGGAGGCCCCGAGGCCCAGUCAAGCCCCGGCCCGCUUUUUGACAUCGAGGGCAACCACGAGAGCCCCGUCAUCUCUUCAGCGGCCUCUCACGGAGACUCCGUCAAGUCCAAACCACCGUUUUCCUUUUCCCUCCUCAUAUACAUGGCCAUCGAACAGUCCCCCAGUAAAUCUCUGCCGGUCAAGGACAUCUACGGCUGGAUUCUGGAGCACUUUCCAUACUUCUCCAGCGCACCUACGGGCUGGAAGAACUCGGUGCGGCACAACCUGUCCCUCAACAAGUGCUUCCGUAAAGUGGAGAGGAAUCUCGGGAAGGUGAAUGGGAAAGGCUCGCUGUGGUGCGUGGACCCCGAAUACAGACCCAAUCUGAUCCAAGCCCUGAGGAAACAGCACUUCCCUACAGCUCACUCCUUCUGCACGCCCCCUGCCUCCCCGCCCAGUGCCUUCUCACCCGCACGACACCUCUUCCUCCAGACCUGCUCUCUUAAAGAGUCAGACAUUGAUGCCGCAACAACCAUGAUGCUGUUAAACGCAGCCCCCGGACAUCACGUUGACCCCUGUGAUCCGGACAGCCCCAUAGAUCUCUCGCGGCCCGACUCGGUCCUGGUGAGCAGCGAUCCUAAGCAGGACCACAACUACAGCAGCUCCUCCUUCCAGCGCUGCUCGUCUCGAUCUUCCUCGUCCUCUUCCUCGCUCUCCUCCCUGGACGAGACGGCCUGCGACUCCAACCAGGGCCGGCGCGCCGGAAGCGAGGGUUUUCACAGCGACGAAGACUCCGAGGAGGAGAGGAGCUCACGGCCGCCUUCGCUUUCCAUACGUCACCCGCUCAAAGUCAAGUGCCCCGUUCCGGGCAAAAGAGCCCGUCGCGAAUCCAAACCGGAAUUGGACGAGGAGUUAAAGGAAGCGGCCGGGUCGCUCUUGCACCUGGCUGGUAUCCGUCCCGGUCUGGAUCUGUCAAAAAAAGGAGCGAAGAGUAAAAAAUUGGAAAAGCAUCGAAAUUGAAGUCCUUUAGUGCUUUUUGCAAUCCCAACAGACAACUGUGCCUCCUUGUUUAUUGGAUCAUGAAAAGCCUCCCGAUUCAAACUACGGCAAUAGAAACUCUCACACGGGGGUGAACGAAGCCAUACUGAGACUUUUGAGUGAAUAUGAAGAGAGACUUCAUAAGUAUCCCAAAACUUCACGUGCUUCAGGAUUUAUCUCAGAAGGUGACAAAUGGAGCGACAUUGAUGUUUUUCACUUAACCGUAUGCAUGCUUCCUCUUUACACGAGUGCUCGACUCUUCCAUGCGAAUCUGUGUUGUUUCGACAGAGAAUGGAGUGCAUGUCUGUGACGUAAGAAGCGUUCACAUGUACAGACCACGGAUGUUUUUAAGAACAUCAUGAAGAAAUGCAAUAAUACUUAUCAGGCGGAGGCCACCCGAUUGGUUUGUUUUGUUCAUUCGAGAAGCUGGAUGUUCUUCGGAUGGAGGAUUCGUCUGCGAUGAUGUUUGGGGUGAAGUUCAUAGAAACAUGUCCGGGUCACAUUGUGUAGCUGAAAUCAAAAGAAAAAUAUUGUUUUAAUCAAAACAAUCAAAUUGGGAUGUUUUGCACCAUGAUGUUAUUUUCAUGACAGUCUAACUCGUGCUUUUUGUGGUUCUCAUCACAUAAACGAGGUUUGAAUUAUCAUGAAAAUAAUGUCACGCUCUACAAAAUAUGCUUCGUAUUCAAGCAAAAACAGUUUCUUCAUUUUGAAUGAAAUAUGAUGUUCUUGAUGGGUUUCGUGAGCCACCCUUUGAGCAGUCGACUGGAAUGGACGGAUCAUGUUGGAUAUCGAGCCUUUGAGAUCCAGAACCUUCACUGAACUGAGUAUAUCCAUCAAUGACGCCCAGACAUACUUUUCCCAUCAUGCUUUUAUUAAAUUCUUUAGUUUUCAGACGUCUAUGGUCUUUAUGAUCUGUGUUCUCCAUCAGUUUUUUAUGUGGUUGUGUGGCAGAUCUUGAUGUUUAAUUUCUCUCUGUUCGAAGCCUAUGCAAAAACUCAAGACGCGGUAGCUCUGUAUUUUAUACGUGUGUGUGUACGAUGUGUGUGUGUUCAUGGAGUUUAUAUGUAUCCUUACCUCAUGGCGCUGCAGGUGAAGAUGAACCGAUGCACACGUGAAACCUGUCAAGAACAUGUCUGACUCAUAUUUCAGCCCAAAAUCAAAAGAAAAUACAUUUAGUAACUUAUUCUUCCUAAUUCUUUAAUUCAUUCGAAUGAUUGAAAAUGAUUGUUGCAAUGCAACGAAAUUAGGCUUGAAUUCUGUUGUAACCAAUACCAUUUCUAUUUUUAUCUUUUGAUUUAAGGGAGAAAUGUGAGCCGGACAUUUUCCCCACAUUUACUUUGCGAGACAGAGGGAUUAACAGUAAACCAUGUUAACACGGGAACAUUACAUCACAGUCACUUUCAUGUGUUAAACAUGAAUCCAUGAGCAUUGUUUGGACUAAAAUGUAAAGGUGGUAUAAUGUGUUAUGCACUUAUGCGCAAUGCCAUAAGGAAAUGAAAAAUAUAAAACAGACAGAUCUGAAAUAUGGCCAGUACAAUUGACCUGAUAGGACCAAAACAAAAAACAACCAAGCCAGAAUAAAAACAGAAGUAACUUGUGGUUUCCCAAAACAUGUCAAUCACUGCCUCACAGAUAGCAAAUGUGUUUAUGAAAGGGACAAUUCCCCAAGAAAUGUAAUUCUGUCAUCAUUUAUUCACCCUCACGUGGUUCUAAACCUGUAUAUGACUCUUGUCUUCUGUGAAACACAAAAGAAGAUAUUUUGAGAAAUGUCUCAGUGGUUUUGCGUCAGUGGAAGUCCAAUGUUUUGGUUACAAACCUCCUCAAUAUCUUCUUACGUGUUCUGCAAAAGUAAGAAGGUCCUUGUGGUUUGUAAUGACAUGAGAGCGAUUAAAUGAUUAAACAUGUUUAGGUGAACAAUCGCUUCGGGCCAAUUUUAACAGCUAUUAAAUUAACUUCAUUUUGGUUAAUCUGUAGAAAAGAACGUCAGUAUCAGCAGAACCUUUUUGUUUCUGUUGUGCCAUAAUGUGACCGCAAAAAUAAUUUCACAACUGCCAAGAUUAAUGUGAUCGUCUUUUUUAAAAACCAGUUUAAGCAGCGUUGACUGCCAACUGACAAUACUGCCAAGUUCCCACAAAACAUGUUAUAUUUUACCCCAGAUAUUUAAAUUGUAAAGUAUUUAUUCAUUAUGCUAGUAUUAUUCAAACUGCCUUUUUGUUUUUGAGUUAAAUGUUUGCAGUGCAGUGAUCCUUUUAUUGUAGUUAAGUUAAUAUUGACGGUGGAAAUCAAGAAUAACAACAAUCACAACAGAAAAAUGUUCGGAUGCAUUACAGUGGAAAAGUGUGUUAUGAAAAUAACGAGUAAGAAAACAUCAAAAGAUGUUCUGUCCAUGUUUUGGUGGUUGAAAUGUAAUCUGAAUUUGUUAAUGAGAUUCACUCAGACAGUUGCAAACAAUUCUGGAAGAAGAUUGAGUCCUUUGAUUUUUCUGUUUACGUGCAAAGUGAAUUAUGAAAUCGUUAUUCACAAGUUUUGUUCUUGUUUUGUAAACCGCUGUUAUUUUAUCAACACUGCCACACAAACAACUGUUGAUGUCCUCGCAGUUUUCUGUGGAGAGAUGAACACUGCGGUUGUGAAGCAGAAAUACAUCUGUGAGAGUUUUGUGCCAACUGUGAAUAGUAAAUGUGUGAGGUCUGUGACACGGGGUCCGAAAACAUCUCAUGGUCUUUGUGAACGAGAGCGACCCGUCUGAUUUUAACGGCUGGGUGUGUGAGUUUACGAUGAUGUGCGACUGUUUAAAAUGAUGUUUAUUAUAUUUUCCUUAUUGCAUAUUACGAAGUGUGUCAAGCCUUCAUUGAAUGAUGUAAAUAAAUUCGACUGCUAAACAUUUUCUGCCAACCCAAGCUGCCACCUCAGUAUGUUCGUCACUGUCUGCCCGUCUGUUAGACAGACAAUGCCCUCAUUUUUUGUACGCUAACCUCUGUUAAUAAAUAAAAUGUUUAUAAAGUUUAUUUUCGCCAAAGAUAUGCAAUUGCAUUAUAUAUGGUAUUACUGAAUAAAAGAUGUUGUUUUA